CUUGCAUAUGUCGAGUGGUUCACACCAUUUCUGCCAGCUCCAGACCGCAAUAGCGGACUAUAUAAACUCUCGCGAUCACUGCGUGGUGGUGAGACCAUGGCUAGUAUUGUGUCAGUUGCUGAUAUUGAGCGCAGUGUUCAUCUUAUACUGAGGUUUGGUGUUAUGGCCCCAUGA